CCGAGAGCGUGACGUCACAGCUCCCCACUCCGCCCGCCACAGAGGGCGCCACCCGUCGUCUGAGCUCACAGACACACCUCCGCCAGGGCUGGGGUCGCCCCCAUCUGCUGACCCUUGGCGAGGCCAGACGCGCCCCCUGGCCCUCCUGCCCGUCCUACCACCCGUGGCGGCCAUGAAGGGGACCCCCAGCUCCCUGGACACCCUGCUGUGGGUCUACCACUUCCACAGCUCCACCGAGGUGGCUCUCCAGCCCCCGCUCCUGUCUUCCCUGGAACUCUCCGUGGCCGCAGCCCAUGAGUAUCUGGAGCAGAGGUUCGGAGAGCUGAGGGCCCUGGAGCCCCGGCAGCCGAAGGAGUCGGGGAAGUUGCCUGCCCCGAAGCCCACCUUGGGGCUGGUGCUAAGAGAAGCUGCGGCCAGCAUCGUGAGCUUUGGCGCCACCUUAUUAGAGAUCUCAGCCCUGUGGCUGCAGCAGAAGGCGCGGCGACUGGACGGCGACGACGGCAGCCCGGGCCCAGCCCCAGACGCCGGGGAUCCGGGUAGAGCGCUGGCCCGGGUAGCCCAGGCCGCCGGGCAGGGGGCUCUGCACGCUGGGGCUUCGGCGGGCGCCAGCGCCCGGCUCCUCGUCCAGGGGGCGAGGCUGUGCCUGUGUGGACGGGGCCUGCAGGGGUCUGCCUCAUUCCUGCAGCAGUGGCGACGGCAGCUGGGCCUCGGAAUCCCCGGGGAACAGGUGAGCUCAGGAUGGGGGGUUUGUUGCGGGGGGCAGAGGCAGUGAGGCUGGGAGGGGCUGAGCCGGACCGCCCGCCAACAGAGAGACUCGGGAGACCUCGAGGUGGCGUCCAGCAACAGCGCAGAGGACGGGGGACCGGAAGACCCAUCACCCUCCCAGUCCCACCCCGCGUCCAAAUAAAGCCCAGGAGGGGACGAGACAGCCCGA